AUGACUACAAUAAGAAUCGACCAGGAUGCAUUCAGCAAAGCCACCCACAUGAUGCAUGGCAGUCUGCAGGCGUACAUCGACACGAAAAUCCACCCGCUGGUCCGCAGUCGCAUCUGGCCGCGGAUCGUGGUGCGCGGCCACUAUGCGCGCACCGGGGACAAUGUGCUGGUCUCUCCGCUAGAGAAACGAGACAAGCGCUUUAACUGGCACCGGCCGACGGCUGCCGUCGUCAUGGAGGGGAAGGGAGGUAGCCAAGACGCCAUCACGCUUGAGAUCUGCUGCUUUCCCGGCCGCGACUAUGUGCAGCACUAUGCGCUGCUCAUUGCCUCGCAUCUGGCGCUGAGAGGGAUCACUGCGACCAUGUCGGCGGUCGAAUAUAUUCCGCCGUCGCGCGAGCAGUGCAUAGAUCUGUUUCUGCAGUCGAAUCUGCGCUGGAUGGGUCAGGUUGACACCGUCGUUCUCGGCUACGUCGAUUACCUGGCCUCGACGGACCCUCCCGUCGCCUGGGAGACCGGCACCGACGCCCCAGACCAGUUCUUCGCCUGGAAGCAGUUCCAUCGCGACGACGGCUCCGUGGUCGCCUUUGUGGGCAGCAUGAUGAGCCUCUGGGGCGACAUCAUCGGUAACCUCGUGCGCGUGCUGCGGCAGCUAAACGGCGUCUCGCGCGUGCUGUAUAUGGGCAAGGCCGGGUCACUGCGCCCUCAAGAUCCGCCAAACGAGGUGUUGGCCACGGGCAAUGUCAGUCACAUGGACUGCACGGUGCGGUCGUGGAAGAGCACGCUAGACGGCACGCUCGCAAAUAUUACAGCAAUCCCGAAUCUCAGCCACGGCGUCCAUGUCACGGUGCCGACGCCACUUGUCGAAACAGACGCUUGGUUCGCGCAAUGGGAGGACAGGGCGCAGUGGGUGGAUUGCGAAGUCGGCCAUCUCGUCGAGGCCUGCCAGGCUGACGGCAUCCAGUUCGCGUAUCUUCAUUUCAUCUCGGAUAACGUCGCCCGCCAUUACCCGCAAAGUCUGGCCACGGAGCGCGACGGCGUCGUCUUGCAGGCUCGCCAACGGGUUCUGGAUACCAUGCGCCGCGUUCUGGCUGACUACCUGUGUCUAGAGGUACUGCGGUCAUCGCCGUCGCGGUUGGGGAUUCAUGAGCCUGUGCCGACGGCCGCGGCACCUGGCGAUGCUGAGGACUUGAACGGUUCACGUACAUAG